AUGUCUAAGAACUCGGAGAUCAUCAAUCUGUCGUUUUUAUUAGAUCAUGAGAAGGAAAUGAUCCUGGGAGUCCUAAAGAGAGAUGAAUAUUUGAAGAAAGUGGAGGACAAGAGAAUAAGGAAGCUGAAAAAUGAACUCAUAGAAGCAAAACGUAGAAGUGGGAAGACCCAUCAGGAGACCAGCAGAGUCUGUGUUCACUGUCAGAAACAGUUGGGCUUCAUCUUCGACCGUGGAGACCCGUGCCAGGCCUGCUCGCUCAGAGUGUGCAGCGAGUGCCGGGUCUCGGGCCUCAAUGGCAGCUGGAAGUGCACUGUGUGUGCCAAAGUCGCGCAACUAAGAAUUGUAACUGGUGAAUGGUUCUUUGAAGAAAAGGCAAAACGUUUCAAGCAAGUCAAUGUUCUAGGCACUGAUGUUGUCCGACAGUCCAUUUUAAGAAGAAGUACAGGAGCUGAAGAAAGCCAAGAGCAAACCCGCCAGGAUGCAGCAAAGUCUGACACAUCAGCUUCUGUUGGGCAAAAGGCCAGCCAUGAGGGGCCCAGGAGGAAGGGAUUUCUUCUUAGCAAGUUCAGAUCAGCCACCAGAGGAGAAAUCAUAACUCCGAAACCUGAAAGUGGACGGAGCUACAGUUUGGACUUAGACUGCCAACAUGUUCGGAGUUUCAAGUCAGUCUCUGGCUCAGACAGGGGGAGCACGGGGUCAUCGGAUCUCAAUGAGCAGGAACCUGGUCCUGGGACCCCAAGGAACUGCCGCAGCAAUGGUGUGACUCCAGUCAUGCAGAAGUCACCGGCUCCCAGCUCACGCAGUAUGACGUCAGGCAGCAGUCGAGAACGUGCCUUUGACAAUUCCAUGGAUUUGCCUGCUGUGGAAAGCAUGUCUGAGGACUUCACAAAGCGCCAUCGCAGAAACACUUCUGGCACACCCUCCAUAGCAGUGUCCAGGGCCUCCUUCUCCUCGGACCGGAGUCAAUCCGAGCUAGAUUUGAGUGGUUCAUUUACAGAAGAAUUAGAGGAUACUAUCAGCAUAAGAAGCAAGUCUGUCUCUGGUACUUUGGACAAAGACUUGGUAAAAGAGAGUGAAGAAGGCAUCAAUAACUUAGUGUCCUCCCGGUUUUCUGCAAACACUUACAAUUUAGCAAGUGGCCGGUCAACCAAUUCUCAAGCAGGCUCUGACAGGAAGUGGACCUACCUAAAUGUGCCUGAUGCUGACUCCGACACUACCAGCCUUAACAGCAUGAUGAGUGUUUACAGUGAAACAGGAGACUAUGGCAAUGUGAAGGUCAGUGGCGAGAUCCUUCUGCACAUCAGCUACUGCUACAAAACUGGUGGACUCUACAUUUUUGUCAAGAAUUGCAGAAAUCUUGCCAUUGGUGAUGAAAAGAAACAGAGAACAGAUGCUUAUGUCAAGUCGUACCUUCUUCCCGACAAGUCUCGAAACAAUAAGCGCAAGACCAAAAUCAGAACAGGCACCAAUCCAGAAUUCAAUGAAACACUAAAGUACACCAUCAGCCAUACCCAGCUGGAAACACGAACUCUGCAGCUCUCCGUCUGGCACUAUGAUCGAUUUGGACGUAACAGCUUCCUUGGAGAGGUGGAGAUUCCUUUCGACUCAUGGAACUUUGAAAAUCCAAGUGAUGAGUGGUUUGUGCUUCAGCCCAAGGUGGAGUUUGCCGCUGACGUCAGCCUUCAAUACAAAGGAGAGCUGACAGUGGUUCUGCGUUACAUCCCCCCAGAGGAGAGACUGGUGCUUCCACCAGCAGAGCUUCAAGGAAAGAAGGCAUUUAAAAGUGGCAAGAAGAAGGAGUCUCCUGUAAUCUCUGGAGGAAUACUGGAAGUUUUCAUCAAAGAAGCAAAGAAUUUGACAGCAGUGAAGUCAGGAGGCACUUCUGAUAGCUUUGUGAAAGGCUACCUGCUCCCUGAUGACAACAAAGCCACCAAGCACAAAACCCUGGUAGUGAAGAAGAGUGUUAACCCUAAGUGGAAUCAUACUUUCAUGUUCAGUGGCCUGUACCCCCAGGAUAUAAAGAAUGUCUGCUUAGAACUCACCGUCUGGGACAAGGAGUCCUUUGCCAGCAACAUCUUUCUGGGAGGAGUUCGUUUAAAUUCUGGAAGCGGUGUGAGCCAUGGAAAGACUGUGGAUUGGAUGGAUUCUCGGGGGGAAGAGCAACGCCUGUGGCAGAAGAUGGCAGAUAAUCCAGGGACUCCUGUAGAGGGUGUACUCAUGCUUCGCUCCACCAUGGGGAAAUGUAGGCUCUGA